GAAUGUAUUAAAAAUAAAGAAAUCCCAGAAGAUACCCCUCCUUAUUUUCGUGAGGCUCUUGAGAGAGCUAUUAAGGAGCAUAAUCAAGGAGUUGUAAAAGAAAAAUCAGCUUUAGAUGAAUUUGCUAAAAAACAUAUAAUAAAGGGAGAACCUGGUAUUACUCCCUUACAGUUUUUUGGAAAUAAAAUAACUAUUCUUAAAGAUUUUCUUAGAAAUCAUCGAAAUAUCAAAGUAAAGUUUGUUUUGGUUUGUAUGAUGGAAAAAGAGGAAUUCGAUGAUAAACAUAUAAAUAAAAUUCAGGACAAAGCAUAUUUUCAUUCAGAUACAUAUAUUAAUCUCAAAUCAACUGAUGUAAAAGAUUUACUUAAAAAAAUUAUCAGUAACAUCACAGAAAAGAUUAAUAUUUAUCAACAAAAUGGUAGUGGGUGGUAUUUUAAAGAAGUUAUUCAACUUCAAAUUCAUACUGUUAAAUUUAGUCCAAUGAAAGGUUCUUCUUAUAUUCCUCUUCCAGAUUGGAUUAUGAGAAAAAAAGCAAUUGUUAGUAUUCGAAAUAAAGAUUCUAAAUGUUUUUUGUGGUCUAUACUUCGUUAUCUUCAUCCAAGAGAAAAGAAUGAUUGUCGUUUGAAAGAUUUAGAACAAUAUGAGCAUGAGCUUAAUAUUCCUAAGGGAUUUACUUUUCCAGUUAAAAUCAGAGACAUUACCAAAUUUGAAACUAUUAAUCCAGAUUUACCAGGUAUAAAUGUAUUUAUACUCACAACAAUAAGUUUUAUCCCCUCCGGAUGGCGUUACGUGACCCUCAAAAAUCAAUAGAUUUAUUUCUUUAUGAAGAGAAUGGAAAAUAUCAUUAUUCUCUGAUUAAAAACUUUUCUCGUCUUUUUCGGUCACAAAUCACUUAUAGAACAAAUGAGCCAAUUCAUAUUUGUAAGAGAUGUUUUACUCAUUUUACAAAAGAAGAAUUAUUACAAAAAGAUAUUUUAUAUUGUUCGAAUAACGAGACAGUUUCUGUGAAAAUGCCAAAAUCAGGAUCGAUUUUACAUUUCAAAAAUCAUCACAAACAACUUCCUAUUCCUUUUGUAGCUUAUGCGGAUUUUGAGUGUUUUACCAAACCAAUGAAUACUUGCUGUCCUAAUCCAGAAGAUUCUUAUAAUUACAAUUACCAAAAACAUGAACCUUCAGGAUUUUGUAUUUUUAUUAAAGGUGUGGUUGAUAAAAAAAUCAAACCAAUUGUUUAUUCGAAAACAAAAGAAGAUGAAGAUAUAGCAAAAAUAUUCGUAGAAAAACUAACAGAAGCAACAAGAGGUAUUUAUAAUGAUUUUUAUCGCAGACCAAAACCUCUUAUACUAUCCAAAGACGAACAAAAAUUAUUUGACAAAGCGGAAUUUUGUCAUAUUUGUAACAAAGAAUUAUUGGAAGACAAAGUUAGAGAUCAUUGUCAUUUUACAGGUCAGUACCGAGGUGCUGCUCAUAACAGUUGUAAUCUUAAUUGCAGGAAACCUUUAGUUCUUCCAGUUAUAUUUCAUAAUCUUCAAGGUUAUGAUGCUCAUUUGUUUAUAAAACAACUGGCAAGUUUACCAGGAGAUUUAAAUUGUAUUCCUUCAACAGAGGAAAAAUACAUAUCCUUUUCUAAAAAGAUUAAAGUUGAUGAGUACAGGUCUAAAAAAACCGGUCAAAUGAUGUCUUUAUAUUUUGAAAUUCGUUUUAUAGAUUCAUUUAAGUUUCUUCAAACAUCACUUGCUAAUCUUGUUUCAAAUUUACAACCGGAUGAUUUUCGUGAUACAAAACGAGAAUUUAAGAAAAAUGUAGAUCUUCUUACUCGGAAGGGAGUUUAUCCUUAUGAUUAUGUUUCAUCACUUGAAAAACUAUCCGAAACACAAUUACCUCCAAAAGAAGAAUUUUAUUCGAAACUAAAUGACGAAGACAUAACGGAAGAUGAUUACCAACACGCAAUAAACGUGUGGAAUACUUUUAAAUGUAAAUCAUUAAGAGAUUAUCACGAUCUUUACCUAAAGUCUGAUGUCCUACUUUUGUCAGAUGUAUUUGAAAACUUUAGAAAAACUUGUCUAAAACAUUACAAGUUAGAUCCAGCGCAUUAUUACACAUCUCCAGGUUUAGCUUGGGAUGCUUGUCUCAAAGAAACAGGGCAGGAAUUACAGUUACUACAUGAUUAUGAUAUGUUAAUGAUGAUUGAAAAAGGUAUUCGUGGUGGUAUAACUCACAUAUCAAAAAGAUACGCAAAAGCUAAUAACAAAUACAUGAAAACUUAUAAUCCUGAUGAGGAGUCCACAUUUAUUCAAUAUCUCGAUGCAAACAAUCUUUAUGGUUGGGCGAUGUCUCAAAAUCUUCCAACACAUGGAUUUAAAUGGAUGAGAAACCUAACAAAAGAGUCACUAAUGGAAAUUUUAGAAAAAACAAAUCAUAGCAUGUCAAAUCGAGGAAGAAAAGGAUAUAUAUUUGAAGUUGAUUUGGAAUAUCCUAAAAAACUAAGGGAAGAGCAUAAUGACUAUCCACUUGCACCUGAAAAGAUGAUUGUUAAUGGCGUUGAAAAACUAAUUUGUCAUUUUAAACCAAGAAAAAACUAUGUUGUUCAUUAUCGAAAUUUAAGGCAGUAUCUUGAAAUGGGAAUGAGAAUAACUGCGGUUCAUAGAGGAAUAUCUUUUUACCAAAGACCUUGGAUGGAACCAUAUAUACGAAAGAACACAGAACUUCGAAAAACAGCAGCUAACAGUUUUGAGAAAGACUUUUUCAAACUUAUGAAUAAUUCAGUGUUCGGAAAAACAAUAGAAAAUAUACGAAAAAGACAAAAUAUAGAACUCGUUGAUAAUCGUAAGAAAGCUGCUAAACUAACAAGUCGUCCAAACUUUGAAAGGGCUACGAUAUUUGAUAAAAAUCUUAUAGCUGUUCAUAUGAAAAAAACAGAAGUUUAUUUUGACAAACCAGUAUAUGUCGGUCAAGCAAUUCUUGAUUUAUCAAAAACAUUAAUGUUUGAUUUUCAUUAUAAUUACAUCAGAAAGAAAUACAAAAAUAAAGCUGAGUUAUUGUUACUGAUACUGAUAGCCUUAUGUACCAUUUUCACACAGUUGAUUUUUACAAAGAUAUAUCUCGUGAUAUAA